AAGGCAAGUUAAUCCAAGACUGUGGUUAAACUGGUUACCAUUUAUUCUCUGGCUUCUAUUUAUGAAUGGUGUAGGAUUUCUUUCAAGUAUGUUAAUCUCUUCAUAUUUCCAGGUAGGAGUAUGCGCCAGAACGAUGAAGUGGGGUUUUCCAAGUUUCUCAAGCAACACAUAUGGGGACAGGAAACAACAGAUGUACUGGGGAGUGAAGGUGUUGGUGGAGGGAUCAGUAGGAUGGAGCUCUUGUCAGGCUAUACUGUUAGCAGCUGGUUGCUGUGUCAGUGGCUGGAGAAAAAAGUAGGUCAAGAAGGUAUAAGACACAGUGAAAAAAUUGUCCAGCACACUCAAGGAUUACUGAUUCAAAAUAGUAUUCUUUUGUAGAUUUUCCAGCUCAGUGUGGUGUGCUUAUCUCAGCCCAAAGUAAAUGGAGAAUCCAAACAAUGCGACUGAAUUCAUUCUUUUGGGGAUCACAGAGAACCCAGAGCUGCGGAAAAUGCUCUCUGCUGUGUUUCUAAUCCUGUACGUGUCCACGGUUUUGGGGAACCUACUCAUGGUGGUAACCGUGAUCACAAGUCAGAGCCUGAGAUCACCUAUGUAUUUUUUCCUCACUUCCUUGUCCUUCAUGGAUGCCACCUACUGUUCUGUCAUUGCCCCCAAGACGAUCGUGGACUCCUUCUCCGAGAGAACUACCAUCUCCUUUGAAGGCUGCAUGGCCCAGCUCUUUGCGGAGCAUUUCUUUGGUGGUGUGGGGGUCAUCCUUCUCGUCGUGAUGGCCUAUGACCGCUACGUGGCCAUCUGUAAGCCCCUGCACUACCCGAGCAUCAUGAACCCUCGGGUGUGCCGCCUGCUGCUGGGAGGCGCCUGCGUGGGGGGGUUUAUCCACGCAGCAAUACAGCUUCUCUUCAUGUAUCAAAUACCCUUCUGUGGUCCCAAUGUCAUCGAUCACUUCAUGUGUGAUUUGUUCCCAUUGCUGAAACUCGCCUGCAUGGACACCCACACCCUGGGUCUCUUAGUCAUCCUCAACAGUGGGGUGAUGUGUGUGACCAUCUUCCUUAUCCUCGUGGCCUCCUACGUGGUCAUCCUCUGCUCCCUGAAGUCUUGCAGCUCUGCGGGGCGGCGCAAAGCCCUGUCGACCUGUGGCUCCCACCUCACUGUGGUCGUCUUGUUCUUCGUGCCCUGCAUUUUCCUGUACGUGCGGCCUGUGGCCACUUACCCCAUAGACAAAGCAAUGGCUGUGUCCUUUACCAUUGUUGCACCCAUGUUAAACCCCCUGAUCUACACCUUGAGGAAUGCAGAGGUGAAAAAUGCCAUUAGGAAAUUGUGGGUCAAGAAGGUAUAAGACACUUCUAUACAAGAAGGUGUAAGAAACAAACAACCCU